AGAUCACAUGAUAUUACAUAGCAGCUGGCUACUUCCUGUGUAGCCUGCACAACAAUUCACAUCUAGGCUGCAGCAGACAGUGCGACUGCUACGGUGUCAUCCAAGAUGCUGGCCCUCAUAAAUAGGCUUUUGGACUGGUUCAGGUCCCUCUUCUGGAAAGAGGAGAUGGAACUAACUCUGGUGGGACUGCAGUAUUCCGGAAAAACCACAUUCGUCAACGUGAUUGCAUCAGGCCAGUUCAGUGAAGACAUGAUCCCCACUGUGGGUUUCAACAUGAGGAAGGUAUCUAAAGGCAAUGUGACAAUAAAGAUAUGGGACAUAGGUGGACAGCCCCGCUUCAGAAGCAUGUGGGAGCGCUACUGUAGAGGGGUCAAUGCUAUCGUUUACAUGGUGGAUGCUGCAGACAGAGAGAAGAUAGAAGCUUCCAGAAAUGAACUGCACAAUCUUCUAGACAAACCCCAGCUACAAGGAAUUCCUGUUCUAGUACUGGGCAACAAACGAGACUUACCCAACGCACUCGAUGAGAAGCAGCUCAUUGAAAAAAUGAAUCUGUCUGCCAUUCAGGACAGAGAGAUCUGCUGCUACUCUGUCUCCUGCAAAGAGAAAGACAACAUAGAUAUCACACUGCAGUGGCUCAUCCAGCAUUCAAAGUCACGGAGAAGCUGAAAGUGAAGUCCUCUCAGUUGCAGCUCCGGCCUCAGCCCCCCAAUGGUCAUGGGUCCUCGAUAACCAUCCCUUUCACUGCCUCUGUGAAGUAAUCCAGCUCUCUGCUCACUACCGUCACAACCUGCACCACCCAGUACACUACCAUAGAUGUGUAGCCCCUGUACAGCACUACCGCCAUCCCAACUAUCUGAAUACCUUGAAAAGUUGUUUGAGUACUGUGCUAGAAGUGGAUCGUCCAUACCCAUCAAGCCUUAUUGCGCGUCAUUGCGGACAUGCUAUCAGUCUGUGUGUAUCAAGGAUUUCUUUUUUUAUUAUCGCACAUUUUCCUUUCUACACAAGAAUCUAAAAAUGUUGGAGGGCACAGUUCCUUGACUACACUAGGAUAAAGCUCCUCUAAACCCAUGUUUAAACUUCUAUUCUUGCCUGUCAACACUCGAUGUUGUCAUGGCAACUUUGUGAUUGUAGUUUUUAACCAUGACUUGCCAAAUGAUGAUGGUUGCUAAUGCUAAUGCCUUCAAUUCCUGAAAAAACUCUUAGAAAAAUGUAGCUUGUGUUUUAUUUGCCGGUGUAUGAAAGUAUCUAUUUUAUUAAGCGACUUAAAUUAAAGUUUACAUAAAGCAUUAGGAUAAAUAGAAGGUCAGGCAGAGUGGUUGUGGUGUCUGAGGUCAAAUCCAAAGUAAUGCAGCAGAGUUCUAAGUGCCUUUGGCUAAGUGAGUGUUCCAAUCAGUUAUUGUCCAACGCAACUUCAAUCCCACUGUCAUGAAUCAACUCUUGUUACAGACACAGCAUCAAUCACCGCUGGACAAUCUGCUUUUAUGAUUUGUAACUUGUAAAUGCAUUAUGAUGUCUGUAAAAAAGACUGCUGUGUACUAACAAUGAAAACGAGGAAUGAAGUAAUGGAUGGUAGGGAUAGAAGGUGAAUGAGAAAGUGUUACAUUUUGUUUGGUCGAAGGGUCAUUUGAAUGCUGUUUCACUUGUAGCCUGUGACUUUUUUUUUUUAUGUAGCUUGUAAUGUGGGCUAACUUUUGCUUGCAGUUCUCAGGUCGUUAGAGGAUCUUUUUAAAAAUAAUGCCUGAACACAUUUGGGUGUGCCCUAGUACUUGUUUUUUAAUCUCUGUGUUGUUUGGGUUGGCUAUAAGAAUGCCAUUGUUAGUCAUGAUGACUGCGCUUCAAAGUGCUGGAUACUUGAUGUCCUCCAUGCCUUGCCACACCCAUGUCUGCAUCCGGAUGUGGUUUUCAAGCAGCCCUAGCAGUCGAGGCACAACACUGAUUCCUCUAAGGAACGACAUAUUGAUUGACACAUCUCUUUUCAGCAACUCGCCAAUGAUUUCUCAUAGGUUUGAACACUGUUUAGUAAUCUGCAACUUGCUUGGCCAGUGCAUCUUACUUAAUUUAACUUCUUUCUCCAUGUUUGAGUAUUGCUGGAUCAGGGCUACAAUACUGUAUGAAGGCCUAUAUAGCUUCUACACUUUACUGUAAUGUCUAUACAAAUCCACCACAUGCCCUCCGUUAUCUCACACGUUCUCUGUCUGUUGGUGAGCGUCGUUAUCUUGAAUGUGGAUUUUGGGACCACAGCAACAGCAGUGAGGGGCUCUAAGGUUUUGGUAACUGUGGGGAAAUUUGGUGAAAGCUUUGUUACCUGUGUAAUAAUAUAGCCUAUUUGCGACUUGUAUGUGCAUGUGCUGAACUUAUUCACAUUCAAUUGCAGACUUUGUAAAUAAGAAGUUAGCAUUUUUAUUCCAACAAUUGCUCCCGUAAAUGUCAUGUAUACUUCCCCUGUGAUUGCUAAUAAAUUUGUUUUAUUUUUAAGGA